AUGAAACAAAAUGUUAUCCUUAUUGACGAUGUUGAAGUUGGUGGUAAUAACUCUAUAUCUUUAACUCCUGUUGUUGAAGAUGACGAACUCAUAAAUAAUAAAGAUCAACAAAAUAUAGCAUCAGCUCCAAAGACCAAUGCUAAAUGUAAAGCUGUGGCAACUCCAAUGAUUAUCUCUAAACAUAAUCGAAAGAAAUAUACAAAUAAUGACAUAAUUUAA